AUGGCUCCAAAGCGCGCAGCCAACACCCCCUCCGCGCCCUCACCAUCCACCUCCGCAUUCUCAUCAACGACAACAACACUCUCCUCAGGACCCAAGACGCUCUCUGCAAACUCCUCCGUCUCCGAUAUUGCCGUCCAUGUCUGGCAGCAGUACCUGACGACUACGCCGCAGCGCACAAUGCUCCUGGAUGCAUUCAUGGCGUUUCUGGUCCUUGUCGGCGGCGUACAGUUCGCGUACUGCGUCUUAGCAGGGAAUUAUCCCUUCAACGCCUUCCUAAGCGGCUUCUGCGCCGCAGUCGGCCAAUUCGUUCUCACGGCUAGUUUACGGAUGCAGACGAGCUCGGUUGAAGGUGCAAGCGGGAAGGGCGUUUCUUCGGUGCCUGCGAAGGCGGGCAAGGAGGUUACUGGUCGUGGGAAGGAUACGGAUGGUGUGUCGCAUGAGAGGGCAUUCGCGGAUUUCGUUUUUGGGAGCUUGAUUCUGCAUUUCUUCUGCAUCAACUUUAUCAAUUGA